AUGCUGAUCGAAGACGAGAACAUCCGUUACGGCGGAGCUCAGGCUGAUGAUGCCGGAGAUGAUGCCGCCCGUAAGGCUCAAGAGCGUGAGCUCAAGAAGGCCGAAGUCCGUAAGAGAAUGGAGGAGGCAGCGAAGAAGGGAUCGAAGAAGAAGGGUUUCUUGACUCCAGAGAGAAAGAAGAAGUUGAGAAAACUUCUCAUGUUGAAAGCCGCUGAAGACUUGAAACAACAGCAAAUGAUGAAGGAGCAAGAACGUCAAAAGACCCUUCAACAACGCAUCAUCCCACUUCCAGACGUCGAAUCAGUCAACGAUCAAGGAAAACUCUUGCAGAUUUAUGAGGAUAUGUUCGCAAGAGUCUGUGCUCUUGAGGAGGAGAAAUUCGAUAUCAACUUCUCUGUUUCUCAAACUGAGGCAGAAAUCAAUCAAUUGACCAUCCAGGUCAAUGAUUUGAGAGGAAAAUUCGUGAAGCCAGCACUGAAGAAGGUGUCGAAAUACGACAACAAGUUCAAGUCGUCUGGAGAAGGAAAGGAGAAAUCAAACUUCCGUUCCAACCUGAAAGUCGUCAAAAAGGAGACAGAUCUCGAUGAGAUUAUGGCCAAGAAGAAGGGACAAACCGGAGAUGGAAAGCCCGAGUGGUCGAAGAAGGAGAAUAAGAAAGAAGAAGAAGCAGCCCCAGCUGAAGAGUCAGCCGCCCCAGCUGCAGCCGAAGCAGCUCCAGUUGAAGAAGCUCCACCAGCAGAAGAACCAGAAGCUGAAGAGGAAGAAGAGGAGGAGGAAGAGGAGGAAUAG